ACUCAACAUUUAAUUAUGGAAUUUAAUUAGGGUUUGAAAUUGUGAAAAAACAAAUCAUGGAUUUGAUUUUCUUGAAUGCAAAACAGAGAGUUUGAUUCUGUUUGAGAAGAAUUUGAUCCAUGGGUGGGAUCAAAAGACUUGCCCUAAUUUGUCUUCAUUCAAUCAAUGUAGCAGGGAUCAGAAGACUUGCUCUGAUCUGAUCACGAGUGUUUAGGGGUUUUGUUACUCUUCACAAUAUAUAUGUAGGGUCAAUAUAUGCAUACUUUCUUGAUGGGGGCAGCAUGUUUCUUGUAUGUUGUCAGUGUAAAAGAGCCAUCUUUGUGCAAUCAAUCUUGCUGAUGCUGCUGUUUCUAUUGCUAUUGCUUGAAUAUGGUGUAUAUCUGAUUAUGCUUUAUGCGAUCUUACUAGCCAGAGGAGCUGUUUUUGUAUUCUAAUCCAAUGGCUUGGCGUGUUAAGUCGAUUAUAAGACUGGUUGUUUUCUAUACACCAGCAUUGCUUCCUUGAAGAAGAAAAGAAAACAGCAAGAUUCACAGCCGGAGAAGCAUCUAGCAAAGCACGUUUGUCGAGAGAAGGUAGAAGGCGAUGAACCUGCUAGAGGUUGCGAAUCAGAGCCAGAAUCCACAAACAGCAACAGCUUCCACAGCAACUAUGCAGACUCGUUCAUGUGCAGCGAUGAUGAAGAUAAAACUGAUGGAUGGUUUCAAGAAACGUGCACAUCUGAUGAGCUUGCUGCCUCAUCUGCUAGCUGGGCUGCUACCUCUUCCGGUGCCAGCCCCUAUUCCUCGGAGUAUAGGUCUUUUGUCAAUUCAAGCACCCGCGACCCCAGAGUCCUUGUCUAUGAACAUGAAUGAGGAUCAACAUGAUCAGCACGAUGUGGGAUUCGGAUGGGAAGGCCACGCUGAGAUCGAGCUGUACACAGAUAAGGAGCUUGAGGAUCUGCUCUACUCGAACGGGGCAGCCCCCGGUGGUACCUUUAUUCUUUCAUCCGGAAGGUGGUCUGUCGAUCAAGGUGCAAGAGCUAUGCAAGAGGAGGGUAAGAAAAAGCUGAAAAUUGAUAAGGAGUUUGAGCAAUUUUUUUCUAUGCUUAUGCUUUAGCAAAAGAAUUUAGUUUAGGGUCUUUCAACUAUUAAUUAGGAAUAGUAUUUGAAUCAUUUGUGUAUACAUUUGAGAUCGUCAUUGGCUUUCAAAUAAGUCAUAGAAAUCUUGAAUCUUGCAA